AAUGUCAUCACCCCGCGCUGGUCGCGCAUGCUGUGAACUCCCGGGCCUUAGACGCUGCGGUCCCACAGGUGGGAGAAGAGUUGCUGUUGGAACCAAGAUCGCCUCUUCUCCGCGCCACCAUGCAGGUCUCCAGCCUCAACGAGGUGAAGAUUUAUAGUCUCAGCUGCGGCAAGUCCCUUCCUGAGUGGCUUUCAGACAGGAAGAAGAGAGCGUUGCAGAAGAAAGAUGUCGACGUCCGCAGGAGGAUUGAACUCAUCCAGGACUUUGAGAUGCCGACUGUCUGCACCACGAUGAAGGUGUCCAAGGACGGGCAGUACAUCCUUGCCACAGGAACAUACAAACCUCGGGUUCGAUGUUAUGACACCUACCAGUUAUCCUUGAAAUUUGAAAGAUGUUUAGAUUCAGAAGUUGUCACCUUUGAUAUUUUAUCUGAUGAUUAUUCAAAGAUUGUCUUCUUGCAUAACGAUCGGUACAUUGAAUUUCACUCGCAAUCAGGCUUUUAUUACAAAACCAGAAUACCCAAGUUCGGAAGGGAUUUCUCCUACCACUACCCGUCCUGCGACCUGUACUUCGUCGGUGCAAGCUCUGAAGUUUACAGAUUAAACCUGGAACAAGGCCGGUACCUGAACCCCUUGCAGACAGACGCCGCGGAGAACAAUGUCUGCGACAUAAACGCCGUGCACGGCCUGCUCGCCACAGGAACGAUAGAGGGCCGAGUGGAGUGCUGGGACCCAAGAGCCCGGAGCAGAGUUGGCCUGCUGGACUGUGCCCUGAGCAGCGUCACGGCAGAUUCAGAGGUCAGCAGCCUGCCAACUAUCUCUGCUCUGCAAUUCAGUGGCGCCCUCACCAUGGCGGUGGGCACAUCCACAGGGCAGGUUUUAUUAUAUGACCUUCGAUCCAGUAAGCCACUGCUAGUGAAGGAUCACCAGUAUGGGCUGCCCAUCAAGUCCAUCCACUUCCAGGACACUUUAGAUUUGAUUUUGUCGGCAGACUCGCGCAUCAUCAAAAUGUGGAAUAAGAACUCAGGGAAAAUAUUUACCUCCUUGGAGCCGGAACACAACCUCAAUGACGUCUGCCUGUACCCUGGCUCAGGAAUGCUCCUCACUGCCAACGAGGCCCCCAAGAUGGGCAUCUAUUAUAUCCCGGUCCUGGGUCCCGCACCCCGGUGGUGCUCUUUCCUGGACAACUUGACGGAAGAGUUAGAAGAAAACCCGGAGAGCACGGUCUAUGAUGAUUACAAAUUCGUCACCAAAAAAGACCUCGAAAACUUAGGGCUCACACACCUCAUCGGCUCGCCCUUCCUCCGCGCCUACAUGCACGGCUUUUUCAUGGACAUCAAGCUCUAUCACAGGGUGAAACUGAUGGUCAACCCGUUCGCUUACGAAGAGUACAGGAAAGAUAAAAUUCGGCAGAAGAUAGAAGAGACGCGGGCACAGCGAGUCCAGUUAAAGAAGUUGCCAAAAGUUAACAAAGAACUGGCUCUCAAAUUAAUGGAGGAAGAAGAAGAGAAGCAAAAGUCUUCUUGGAAAAAGAAAGCGAAGAGCCUUCCUAAUAUUCUCACUGAUGAUCGAUUUAAAGUUAUGUUUGAGAACCCUGACUUCCAAGUAGAUGAAGAGAGUGAAGAAUUCAGACUUUUGAAUCCACUUGUUUCAAAAAUUAGUGAGAAAAGGAAGAAGAAAUUAAGACUCCUAGAGCAACAAGAACUUCGAGAAAAAGAGGAGGAGGAGCCAGAGGGCAGGCCAAGCGAUGCAGAGAGCUCAGACAGCUCCGAUGACGAGAAGGACUGGGUGGCCGAGGUCCGGAGGCAGCGUCGGCUGCUGCAGCAGGAGGACAGGGUGCGGCGGCAGGAGCAGCGCCGGGAGGACCAGCAGGCCGUGCUGAAGCCCCAGUUCUACGAGAUCAAGGCCGGGGAGGAGUUCCGCAGCUUCCAGGAGUCCGCUGCCAAGCACAAGCUGCUGAACAAAACCCUUGAGGAUCGGUUGAAACUUGAGGCCAAAAGUGGGACGUUGAGCGUGGCCGACACCACUGUGGGCAGCAAGCAGCUGACUUUCACGCUGAAGAAGUCGGAGCAGCAGAAACAGCAGCAGGAGGCCGAGAAGCUGCACCGGCUGGAGAGGAGGCAGCUGCGCCGCUCCGCCAGCCACCUGCGCUCGCGACCCAGGGAUGAACACAGCGCCCGGGAUUAUUGCUUCCUGUGCACGCGGCUGGGCUUCCUUCCUGUGGCUGCCGCCCCUGGAAAAGUGGGGCUCAUGUAUCCUGAGCAGCUGGGCUGCGAGUCCUCCCUGCUUGUGGUACGGAGGAAAAUCCAGGGUCGCAGGCGGCCUUUCUGGAGGGAUGCAGAGCUGGUUUGGACCCCGUCCCUGCCGAGGCCGGGCCUGGCUGACAUUGCUGCUUAG